AUGGCGAAAAAAGCCGUUUCUGAACAUUUAUCAGAUAUCGCUUUAAAAUGUCCUAAUUUAAAGAAUGAAAAAGAAGAAACAGUCCGUACAAAGCAACAAGAAGAGUUGCAGUUAAUUAUAGGUCACAGAAAUGGAAACGAAAGCGAAAAAUAUGAGGACAUUUUGAAAAAUGAUGAAGUGCACGAUCAGCUGGAAAGAAGGCCUCCUCAGAUAAAAGACUCCAUCGAAGAGAUCUUUGAAUUAAGCUCUUUAAAACUGCUUUCGGAUCAACGCUCUAGAAAAGUAAAUGGUAUGCAACCUUCCAUUUCUCCAAGCAAUGUACUGACGAUAAACUGGUUUCAAAAACGGGAAGAAAGGGUGGAGGAUCCAAGCACAACAUUCACGUGUGCACUUAAUUAUGAUGAAAUGAAUAGAGAAAGUGAACAUUUAAAACAAGAAAGUUGGAAUGAGUCCUAUAAAAGUCCUAGCAAAGAAGAUAAAGAGGAAAAGGUAGAGGUACGAGGCAUAAAAUUGCAACAAAUUAAAGUGGAAUGCUCGAAAAACGAAAUGGAGAAGAUGGAAGAAAUGCUAAAUGAAUUUUCACAACUUCCAAGAAUGGUUAGAGUGGGAGCAGAAUCUAUAAAGUCAGAGAUUAAAGUUUCUACAACAUUCUUCGGGGGAGUGAAAAAAUCUUCGGGAGUUGAUGAAAUUUUAGAAAAACCUUCAGGAAUUGUAAACCAUGAAUUUUGGUGCAAUGAGAAAAUGGAUGAACGAUUGGUAGAAUAUAACGAAGAUAAGGGAGAUGAAAGUAUGAAAAGAAGUGGUGAGAUAUGCAUGGAUCAACCUCAUUAUGAAAAGUUUAGAGAAAAUAUUUUAGACGGGCCGGAAAUUCUGAUUAAAAGAAAGGAAUUAUAUAGAUUUCCAAAUAAAGAAGUGUAUUUCAAAGUUUCAAGAACAACGAAGGAAGAGCGAGAAGUUGAAACCAGAGUAGAACAUAAACAGACAUCGGAAUAUCCCGAAACGACAGUUAAGAAUGAGGAAGAAUGGAACAGCAAAACGCAAAUUGAAUCCGCAGCAGAAAGACCAGAAGUGGAAGUGAGUGCAACACUUAGUUCAGAAGAAAUACAAGACGUUGUUGUAAAUAAUGAUGAUGAUGAAAAUUAUCAUCAGACAUUUUUAGGCCAUCCUGACUUAGAAGAAAUGGAGUUCGAGAAAAUUGUUAAGGGAAUUCCAGAACGUUGGCCAGGAAAUAUUAAAAAGACGUCAGAAAAUAUUGCAGAAGAAGCUGGAAGUUUACAAAAGCUACAAGAUUUUCGGUUAAUACACAUGGAAAUAAAAGACGCAAAAGGAAAUGAGAAAGAAUCAAAAAUUAAUGUUGAAGUCAUUUCUUUGAAUAGUAAAGAGAACUGUGAAGAUUUAAGCGAACUUUCACCUUCACACGCCGAAGGUGAGAUGAAACAUAUCACUGUUAUUUAUGAAUGGACGCAGAAGGAGGACAUUAAAGAUGAAGAAAGGGAAUGGAAAGUAGGUAAAGUAGGGGAUACCAUAGAUAUUAAGCAUAUGAAUAAAGCAAGUUCUGAAUUGGAUGUUGAUGUUGAGGAUGCUGACAUACCUUGUAAAAAUCCGAUAAAAGUAGAGAGACUAGUAACAAAAUAUGACAGAGCUAUAGAGAACGUUGCAGGUGAACAGUAUGAAAUGGAUGAGAAUUAUCCGCAAGAUAGGUGGAGACAACGGAGCGAGGUCGAGACAGCGGAGGAGCGCAUGACUUCUCGGGAAUUAAAAGGCAGUGCAGAGACAGAAGACCAGAUGUGGCUUGAAGAAGGGAAGAGAGGUGAAUCCUCCUUCUUCAAUGAUGCCGAAAAAUCAAAUUCUGCCGACAAAUAUUUAUUAACUGAAUCUAGCUCUCAUGAUAUUACAGAAAUAGGAAGGUUAACAGCUGCUGGAUGGGAAAAAGAAAAGAUCCCAGAAAAGCGCAUAAAAGAGCUGAAUGGUAAAGAUAACGGAACUGAAAUGGAUACUGCCGAAAUAUUGCAGAUAACGUUGGAGGAAUAUGUAGAAAAAGAAAUAUAUGAAAAAGGGGAACAGCAGCUAUCAGAAAAUGAAGUUCCAUUAAAGAAAAAGAAAGGGGGUAAAGAGGAAAGAAAGAAUAGAGCUGAAGUCGGAAAAAGACCAACUGGUGAAAAUGUUGAAGAUGUAGUAAUACGGCUGAAAGAUGGAAAAGCAACCGACAGAGCAAAGGAAGUUCCGGAAGCAUCUGAUGAGCACAUGAUGAGAAUUCAAACAGAACGGAUAUUAAAUGAGCAUCUGUACACAUUAGAUGAAAAACCCGUAUCAAAGUAUUUUCAGGAAUACAACAUCUUAGGACAAAAGGAUUUUGGACCGAAAAAAUCGACAACUUUUCAGCAGGAAAUAUUUGUCGAACAAGAGAAGUCUAUAGGUAUAUUAUCGCUGGAAGCCACGAAUGGAAGAAGUCAAGAAAGAGAUGCUGAAAGGAUACCAGUUGCAGAGAUUUCCUCAGAGCGAGAGAGUUGGGAACAAAAGAAUAUGGAAUCUGAAAAUGGCAGGCAUGAAACAACAAUUACUGAAAAAGUUCAUACUGAGUCUCUUGAAUUACAAAACCUGAAACAAACUGGGUUAAAACCACAUGAAGAGGUGGUGUUAGAAAAUGUUUCAAUGGAAUAUGAACAAGAAGCUAAGACAAUGCAAUGCGAAAUGUCAGGUAUUCAUUCAAACCUGAUAAGAGAAACUGCGAGAGAUGAAGGUCUGAAACAGGGUGGAACUGUGGUCAACGACAACUCUGAAGACGGUAAAACUUCUCAAAAUGGAUUUUUCCUCUUCGGUAAAAAUGCGGGCAUAGUUUCAACAAGUAUGAUUGCCACUUCUGUCGCUCUUGCAGCAAUAGGAACUGCAGUUGCUUACGAGUACACAGUAAAAGAACACCAAGAAACGGUAACAGAUUCUGAAUUAGCAAAUAAAAUACUCAGCAUAAAAAAGCCUGAGCCAAUACAUGAAAUAGAACUGAAGGAAUCAGAAAUCUCUGUAAGCGAGCUUAAAGCUGAGGCGGAGAAAACAAAACCGUUCAAAGACAUUGUACCGGAUAAAGAGAUUCUCAACGAGUACAGUACAGCAAUAUCCAAAGAACCAACCGCAAAGAGAGAACAUAUUAAAGUGGAAAGUUGGACAGAAUCAGAGGAAAUUUUCUAUCAGUUAAGUAGAACCAAAGAAAUGGAAAAAACCGAAACAAAAACGUUCGAAGAUAUAAUACCGGCUAAAGAGGUUCUCGAUGAGUAUGGUACAGUAAUUUCCAAGGAACCAGCCGUACAGGAAGAGCAUGUAACUGAUAUGAAAACUCCAGCAGAGUUAGAGGACGUUGUGAGUCAGUUAAGUAGAAAAGAAUUGGAAGAAACUAAAACAAAACCAUUAGAAGAUAUUAUAUCGGUUAGAAAGGUUCUCGAUGAAUAUGGUACAGAAAUAUUUAAAGAACCAACCAUAGAGAGAGAACGUCUUAAAACGGAAAGUUGGAAAGAACCUGAAGAAGUAGUGGAUCAGUUAAGUAGAAUGGAAGAUUUAGAAGAAACUGAAACAAAACCAUUAGAAGAUAUUAUAUCGGUUAGAAAGGUUCUCGAUGAAUAUGGUACAGAAAUAUUCGACGAACCAACCAUAGAGAGAGAACAUUUUGAAACGGAAAGUUGGAAAGAGUCAGAGGAAGCUGUGAAUCAGUUAAGUAGAAUGGAAGAUUUAGAAGAAACUGAAACAAAACCAUUAGAAGAUAUUAUAUCGGUUAGAAAGGUUCUCGAUGAAUAUGGUACAGAAAUAUUUAAAGAACCAACCAUAGAGAGAGAACGUCUUAAAGCGGAAAGUUGGAAAGAACCUGAAGAAGUAGUGGAUCAGUUAAGUAGAAUGGAAGAUUU